GGGUGGGCAGGCACUGGUUCUGCGGUCUGUGGGACCCGGUUGCAAAUCCCAGCCAGCCGCUGUCUAACCAUCUUUGCACCGUACCCUUGCCUGGCGCUCGGUAGCUCAUUCAGUGGUAGGAAUGACUACUGUCGCCGCCUGAAUUUUGACAGAAGUGAAGGUGGAUUGGCAAAGAUCUGUCUAAUGUGGUCACAGAUUAUGACGAUCCCCUGCCAAUUUUAAAAAAUAUUGUAAACGGCCAUCCUGGAUGAGUAAUACACUACUGUUUUCUAGGCAAAGCUCACUACAGUAAGAUCCUUCCUAGGCGGGAGCCCUAGGCGGCUUUCUUGUGGUUCCUGAGUGAAAGGAGAAGACCCGGCCCCUUUGAACCCCAGCCACUUCUCCUAGGGUUGGAGCUGAGCUUUAGACGGAAGGGCUAGGGAAGGUCAAGUGUGGAUAGGGAACAGGGAGGCCAAAUUAGAGCUGGAUUUCAUCCAUUUAGGGGACAGUGAUGAUUGCUAACCCCCACUGCUGGUUAACGUUUGACCAGUCAGAAGUAUCUUUGAGUUAAGGGAGAGGAUAUCGGCCAAUGAAACUACUGUAAAUCAGUAUGGCCUGAGGAUUUUUUCUUGUAACCAAGCCAGGUGGAGGAGAGGGAGACCCCAGAGAGAUUUUUGAGUAGGAUAGACUGGGCACCCUGAGGACAGUGAACAUCUGGAUGGCAAGGAGAGGAGGACGUGACAGCUCUGCCUCCUUUCUCCUGGGAGGGUGCUCGUCUCCCCUCCGCCUCGUGUGGUGAAUGGCUUGGUGUUGCGCUGUCCUGGUUGGGUCACUGCCAUGUACACCACUGGGCACAGGACAGGUGGGAAUGCCUUGUCUCCCCAAGGCCAUCGGCCUGCCCACUCCCUUGCCCUCUUGCUUGGUGCCCUGCCUGUGGCUGUUGUGAGUCUCCUGGCCCUGUGCUCAUCGGUCAUCUCUGGCCUGACCUGACCAGUCAUUACGACUCAUGGUUGAGAGUAUUUUAGCUUACUAAAGUUGACUGGACUUGUUCUUCUUUGUAGGCAUUAAGAAUUGAAUUCCAUUUGGCACAAACAGACCUGUAAUUCCUAGUGUGACGAGAGAGUCGGAUUUGCUUGCCCGAAAUGGAAAAGCAAGUCAUGAAGCUUCGGCCCUGACUCUUUUUGCUGAGAGACUGAAGAGAUGGAAACCGUGCAGUCUGGGAAUAAAAACAGGAUCCUGCCUGCGUGGAUGACAGCCCAGGAGGUUGAGAAGAGAGGAGUGUCUGCAGAGGCCCCCAAGAGGAGGAGAACAGCGGUGGUGAAGGCAUCAGCAGCAAGACUGCCCACCACGGGGACUGUGUACUGCAUGAAUGAAGCGGAGGUCGUCGAUGUUGCCCUGGGCAUCCUGAUUGAGGACCACAAACAGGAAAAGCCCUUGGAGCAGAAGGCCCUGGCCGGAGCUGAUAAGCUGGAGCUCUCCCCCACCCGCUCAAGGUCACCGUGUUCUCCUGGGGGCAGAAGCGAGGACAAGGACAAUGGGGAAGACACCCUUCCCCCCACCCUUGGCGCUUCCCAGGAGUUGGGGGGAUCCGACUCUACCCACAGCCAAAGCCAGAAGGAAGAGGAAGACGCCUUGAAAUAUGUCAGGGAGAUAUUUUUCAGCUGAGGGACACUGUUACAGGACUUUCUGCUGAGAGCUGCCAAAGGACAGUGCUGAUGGCUCUCUGCCCUCUGCUUCCUGCUUCCCUGGGCGGGCAGGUCCACCCAGUGCAGAACCCCUGGUGCCU